AUGAGAAGUAACCAAACUACUACAGUGACAGAGUUUUUCUUCUCUGGAUUCCCCCAGUUCGAAGACGGUAGCCUCCUCUUCUUCAUCCCUUUGUUCAUUAUCUACAUAUUCGUUGUUCUUGGGAAUCUCAUUGUGUUUUUUGCAGUCAGGAUGGACACCCAUCUCCACAAUCCCAUGUAUAAUUUCAUCAGCAUUUUUUCAUUUCUGGAGAUCUGGUACACCACUGCCACAAUUCCCAAAAUGCUCUCUAACCUCAUCAGUAAGCAGAAGACCAUCUCCAUGAUUGGCUGCCUCUUGCAGAUGUACUUCUUCCAUUCCCUGGGAAAUUCAGAGGGGAUUUUGCUGACCACCAUGGCUAUUGACAGGUAUGUUGCCAUCUGUAAGCCUCUGCGCUACCCGACCAUCAUAACUCCUCGGCUCUGUGCUCAGCUCUCUGCAGGCUCCUGUGUCUUUGGCUUUCUUGUGUUGCUUCCAGAGAUUGCCUGGAUUUCCACACUGCCCUUCUGUGGACCCAACCAGAUCCAUCAGAUAUUCUGUGACUUUGAACCUGUGCUGCUUGACACGUCCCUGAUUCUGAUCGAGGAUGUGAUCCAUGCGGUGGCUAUCAUCUUCUCUGUCCUGAUUAUUGCCCUCUCUUAUAUCAGAAUUAUCACUGUGAUCCUGAGGAUCCCCUCUGUUGAAGGUCGCCAGAAGGCCUUUUCUACUUGUGCAGCCCAUCUUGCUGUUUUUCUGAUGUUCUAUGGCAGUGUGUCCCUCAUGUACCUGCGUUUCUCUGCCACUUUCCCACCAUUUUUGGACACAGCCAUUGCACUGAUGUUUGCAGUUCUUGCUCCCUUUUUCAAUCUUAUCAUCUAUAGUUUGAGAAAUAAGGACAUGAAGAUUGCAAUUAAGAAGCUUCUAUGCCCUCAGAAGAUGUUUACUGUAUCUGUAGGUUAA